AUGGAGGAGUGCACUUGCCUCUGCCGUGUGGGUUCUUCGCGGGGAUGUCAGUGUCUUCAGGAGCGCCAGCGCCCAGCUGAGACGGCAGCGGCCGAGGGCAAGCCGGCCCUGGCAGAAAAGCACGUGGAGGCAGACGCAGCAGCACGGUGCUGUGCGGGGAGUGGAGGAAUCGCGAGCCCCAUGCCGCCCCCGCACUGCUAUCUGCAGGACCUGCCGGUGGAGAUCCUGGUGGAGAUCUUCGCCUCGCUCCCCGGCACCGACCUGCCCAGCCUGGCCCAGGCCUGCACCAAAUUCCACCGCAUCCUGCACAUCGACAGCAUCUGGAGACGGCGCUGCCGGGAGGAGUAUGGCGUUCCUGAAAACUUGCCGAACCAGGAGAGGCGGGGUAUGUCUUAUCGAGAAGUCUAUGCGAAGAUGUUCCCAUACAAACACAUUUUGGGAUUGUGGCUUCUGGAUCAUAGCUAUAGAAGACUGCUGAAUGUAGUGGUGGAUGGCUUAUGCAUUACUGGCUCCACGUGCUGGCCCCGCCUUAACACCGCUGUGGCUGGCCCAGUGCAAUUCGCGCCCGCGUUUAGAAUUCGCCUGACGGAGAGGAAAUCAGCCGCGGUGGAGUACAUGGACAACCUGUACAGCUUGUCCCACCGCCGCCACAUGCAGAUUCAGAAGGACAGGCUCCGCAUCCAGUGGAUCAAGAGAGACCACCAGAAGGACUCACCAACGCGGCUUAGGGGAGAACCGGGGCGGGUGCUGCUGGAGGAGGGCAGCCUGCCCGAUUACUGCGUGACCUACCGCCGCGUCUACCUCCCGCCGCGCCACCCGGACGACCUCAUCAGGCCAGGCCUCUUCCAAGGCACAUACUAUGACUUCCGCGUAACGAUUGCCAUGCUCAGCUUCCAUGGGAAGUAUGCCAGGGUCACGAGCAUCAUGGGAAACUUAAUCUGGAAGUUAGAGAUCCAUCUCAUGCGCCGCAUCCAGCUGUCAGAUGGCGAGAUCCUCCGCAACUUCAACGAGCUCUGCCGCGUGGUCCAGGAGAUUGACGAGCAGGUGAUCCGGGAGCGGGAGCAGCAUGAUCUGCAGGGAAUGGACCAGUGGUUCCCUGAGGAGCAUGAAGUUGCAGCUUCCUGGUGA